AUGACUUUAAGCGCUGAUGAAUGCAAAGAGAUACAGGAAAAUGAAAAGCUUGUACUGGAAUCAAUUUAUGGAGCCGACUUGCAAAUUAUGGCUGGACCAUGGAAGAUUUGGAAACCCCUAGAAGCCAUAAUCGCUUUGCAACCAACAGAAGGUGCAAGUCGUCGACCAGAUCAAAAGAAGGAAAAAGCUCUUGUUGGUCAAGAUACAACGAUGUUUUCCGUUUCUCUACACGUCAAAUGUACACUUAGUUAUCCAAAUGAAGUUCCUCAAAUCUUCCUGGAGAAAGAACGAGGGAUACCGAAAUGCGACUUGGAUCAGCUUCUGGGUUUAUUGAACGAGAAAACGAAAGAGCUUCAGGGAAUGUCAAUGAUUAUGGAUCUUUGCGAGAUUGUUCGCUCUUUUCUGUACACUGUAUCACAAAAGAGGGAAUCACUUCAUGCAGGGAUGGCCGAGCAACACGCUGAGAAACAACGACAAUUAGAGCGUCAACGAGCCUCAAGUCAACAAAAAGAAUGGGACCAAGUAGACGAAGAGCGGGAAAAACGUCAACUAGAGGCCGAAUGGAAAAGAGAAGAGCAACAAGAAAGACAACGAAUGAGCUCUCAGACUGAUCAAGACGUCUGCUAUAUCGGUUCUCACGCCAUUUCGAUAAUCGAAAAUCGACCCGCUGAACACGAAAGAAGAGUGAAUCAACUCUGCCAGGAAUGGUCCGGAACUUACAAGGGACAAACGGUUUUGGUGUCAGAAUGGAUUUUCCAACACACACUUGGCCGGAAAGAAGCCAAGAAGAAAAUGCCCAGCUUUCAGACAUUUUUAGAGAAGCUAGCUGAAUUUGAAAAUGUGUUCAAUGGAUUGGCCGGUCUAAUGGAUGUUGAUGCUUCUGUGGUUCCCUAUGCAUUUCUUCAUAUUGACCGAUUGGCGAUCAAGGAAACGCACUUUCACGUUCGAAUCUACGUUGGACAAUACAUUGCACUGGUCGAUUUAAACCUUCAGACGAUUCUCGAUCGAGUGACGAAUGAUGUUGGAGCGGUUCGACGGUUAGCUACAUCAUUGGUCUGUGGGUUGAGGUGGCUUCACGAACAACAACUUGCGCACGGAUCUCUAGCUAUGAACUCGCUUUGGACCGACGAUUGUACAGCGUUUCGACUAGGAGAUUGGCAGAUUGGAAGGGCUUUGAACGACCUAGCGGAUCUUUUUCGAUCAACUGUGGCUGACAAGCCAAUUGCAUCGGUGGAGAAAUUAGAUCAAAAAGCCCUUCGAAAAAAGGAUCUCUUUGUCCUUGGUACGUUAUUGGACACGUUGCGAGUGGGGCCGUGUGAAUCGUCUUCUAUCUCACCUCUGCUCCAAGCAUUCAGUGCUGACUGUCAAAGUGCAAAGUCGAUUGAUGAGCUAGUUGAUCACCCGUACUUGUCAGCUGAUGCUCUACUACUCGUGAAUGAGGGCAGUUCCUCAAGUGCUGGUCUUCAAACAGUGGCCGGAGCAAGUACGAGACUCGGGAGAGACUUCUUCAUUGUGAAAUCUCUUGGAAAGGGUGCUUUUGGUGAAGUUCUUCUUGCACGCAACAAGCUGGACCUUGUACAUUAUGCUGUGAAGGUCAUUCCUCUGGAUCCGCGCAGUGAAAAAUUGAAUCGAAAAAUGACACGGGAAGCCAAACUAUUCGCUAAAUUGAAUCAUCCAAAUGUUGUCCGUUAUUACAAUGCCUGGAUUGACAAUACAGCCAAUUUUUGUGCAACUGCCUCACCUGUAUCUCGAAAACAGUCAGAGAAAUUGAAAUUGCCGUUGCCAAAAGUUGACGACUCACUAUUGCCAACUCAUUUGCGGCAUCUCGAUCUUCCAAAGAAGGAAGUGAAACCAGAGGCAAGCGAAUGGAGUGCUGAGUGGACGACAUCGUUUAGAGGAAAACGAGAAUCAUCUGAAUCUUCUUCGGACACAUCCGAGACAGGCGGUGAUCUGCAAUUAUUUGCGACAAACGCAAGCGAUGGAACCGACUUCGACGUUAUAUUUGAAGAGUCUGGCGCUGAGAAGGCUCCCACAACAAACGGCUCCUGCUCAGCUCCAACUAGAUUGAUUUACAUUCAGAUGGAGUAUUGUUCAAAAGGAACUUUGAGAGGCUUAAUCGAUUCUGGAGCUUUGAAGGGAAACAGUCGCUUGGGAUGGAAACUUUUUGGCGAGAUUCUAUCCGGCCUUGAUUAUAUCCAUUCCCAGGGCAUGAUCCAUCGAGAUAUUAAACCGAUGAACAUCUUACUUGACGCAGAUCAUCACGUUAAAAUCGGAGACUUCGGUUUGGCUACCAGAGAGUUGCUAAUUAAGAAAGAUGCAGGACAAGGAGUUCAAUCAGCUCUCCCAAUCGAUCAAAGCAUGACAACUCAAAUUGGUACCGAACUCUACAUGGCACCAGAGCUACUUGCUUCGAAUCCCGAUGGACAACCUUAUACAGCAAAAGUUGACAUUUACAGCACUGGGAUCGUUCUCUUUGAGAUAUUUUAUCGACCCCUGCCACAGGGAAUGGAAAGAAUCUCUUUAAUUCAAGCAUUGCGCAAAAGUGCUUCGGUUCCAAACGAUUUCUUGGGUAAUCUUUCUGGAGUUCAAGGCAACGCUUGCAAGAGUUUGAUUGAAGAGAUGAUCAACCCAAACCCGAUGAAUCGUCCGACCAUUCGAUCGCUGAUCAGCGAAGGACGUGUGCCAGUGGCCGAAAUCGAUGAUUUGUCUUUUCAGAAAACCUUUGCCCAAACAGUCCGUCGUCGCGGCGGUGCCCUUUUCUCGUGGAUGAUGUCUGCUUUAGUCGAAACACCGACACCUCUUCCACUCAAUUAUCACUUUGAUCGCCAUAUUUGCGCUGAUAAGCAAGCGGAUGAAGUGAUUGGCCGUGAAAGGACAUUGCGUAAAAUGUUUGCGAAGAUUGAGACACUGCUGAGAGUGAGAGCUUUUGAAUCAACCCCCAAUCAUUUAUUUGUUCCAACAAGCGAUGUGAUCACUCCAAAAGGAUCAAGGAAACCCUUCAUCGUCACCGAUACAACCGCCAUCCCAAUUGCGCCUUCUCCUGACUUGCGGUGCAAUUUCGUCCGUUUUUGUGCUCGAAAUGCAAUCAAGAGCCUCAAACGCUAUCACUUCGGGAAAACCUAUUCGACUAAAGAUGGUGGCUUACAUCCACUCGAACAAUGGGAGCUGAAUGUGGAUAUUUUGGAGAAAGCAUCAAGUGCCGAGGCCAUUGAGACACAGAUAAUCUCGCUUGUUUCGGAAAUCUCCACUGUCGUUCUCCAAGGUGCAGCUAAACCAGUUCUAAGACUGGGUCAUAUGGGCUUGAUAACAGCCAUCUUUCGUCAUCUCAACGUGAUGCCAGAGCUGCAGGUCAAACUGCUUGAGCUGAUGCACCAGACAAGCAUAAUGAAAAAACAACGAUCAUUGUCUGAGCAAAUCGAGAUGUGGACAGAAGUUGCAGGAAAAGUGGCCGCAUCUUUGGGAUCAUUCUUGGUCACAGUGACCUCAAUAACGGCACUCAGAGAAGAACUCAAAGCGCUUCGACGCAGCAAGGACACGCUGGUAUCUGAAGGAGUGAAUGUAGCGAUCACACACAUGGAGCGAGUGCUUGAUUCGCUCUGGGGUCUUCCAUUUGAAAUCGAGCUGUGCACCUAUCUUGUCUAUCGCCCGAAGACUUUCGCCGAUGGUCUGGUGUUUCAAUUCUGUGCACCCGGUCCGAAACCGACGCAAAGAGUUCCCUUUUGCGCUGGAGGAAGAUACGACAGUGUGCUGGAAAGAGCCCGUGCUGGCCAAGAUGAGCUUCCACCGGGGAAACUCGCUUUGUGUGGAUGCUCGAUUCAUAUGGAACUGCUACUGCAGCUGUACCUGGCCAAGAAUGAAAUUGAACCGCCAUGCCAAGUUCUUGUUAGUUCAUAUUCGAGAGCUUUAUCCAACGAGAAACUCAAACUAGCGAAAGAGCUAUGGUCUCAUUGUGUCUCCGCGGAUAUCAGGCACGAACCACUUGAUAGUGAAGCCGCUCUUGACGCCAUAAAAGAACAUUGCCGAAAAAGUGGAAUAGCUACACAUUUGAUCAUGUUUGAUGCAAAUUCGAUCUUGGUUCGCCAUGACAAAGCCGAGUAUGGGAAAGUUGAUGUGCGAAAAGCGGUAGAAAUUGUGCUUUCGCUUUCAGCCAACACUGGGAACACGGGAAAUCUAGAAAAUCGUUCUAGUCUAAGUGGUGGAGCUGUAACAAGGAGUUCUUUGACGUCAAGCAGCUACUUGCAUGCAUCAAAUGUCUCAGCGCUUCCCAUGUCGCCAUUUACUUUAGUCACCUAUCAAUGGGCCACCACGGAGAAGCCACGAUUCGGUGAUCGAAAAAAAAUUGAGGGUCAAUGUCAAGGGUUGCUUUCCGAUACGAUACGGAAAUUCUCGCCAACUACUAGAGUCAAUGUUUUGAUCACCGAGCUGCCAACAGAUAUACUUGGGGCCGUUCAUGGGAAAUUGGAAAUUUCACUCACUGAGGAUCAGCUACGCACGUUUUUCGACUCAUUCACUCGACAAUUUGGCAAAUUUAAAGAGGAUUUGGAAGUGCUUUACACGUUGAUCCUCCCUCUUAUCUCAUCUCGUUCAUCUUCAUCAUCAACUUCUUUCCAAAUGACGGUCCUCGUUUUAUACUCGAUCCCAGCAAACAUUUAUCGAAUUACAAUG